CACAAUACUCCCACUAUUUUUUUUUUAAGUAGAUGCAAUUCUUCAAUUUUUAGGGUUUUAUUCUCAUAAUUUUUCUUUUGUUACAGUUACAGUUAUAAUUAUCUAUCAUUUUUCUUGAAAUGACGAAGUUAUGUGCGUCUUAUUUGAAUCUUAUUUGGAAUUCGAUUAUAAUUUGAUUGAAGACCUUAAGUUUUUGGAGAUUAAGAGACUCUCCAGUUAAAAUGGCAGCUUCUCCUGUGAAGUUUCUCUUUGGAUUCUUGAUGGUUUCCAUCACAUUGUGGAUGGUCUUCAUGUUUGCCUCCAGGUUGGUGGCUUGGAUUCUAAGCCGGAUAUUGGGAGCAUCUGUUGGAUUUCGGGUUGGUGGUUGGAAAUGUGUAAGGGACGUUGUGGUGAAAUUCAAAAAGGGUGCUAUUGAAUCUGUAUCUGUUGGUGAAAUCAAAGUCAGCUUACGUCAGUCCUUGGUCAAACUCGGGGUUGGUUUUAUUUCUAAGGAUCCCAAACUACAAGUGUUAAUAUGUGACUUAGAAGUUGUUAUGCGGCCAUCAAGUAAAAGCUCAAAGAAAACUAAAACUCGUAAACCGCGCUCUUCAGGCAGGGGAAAAUGGAUGGUUGUUGCUAACACUGCAAGAUUUUUGUCAGUUUCUGUGACAGACAUGGUUGUGAAGAUGCCCAAAUCUACUAUUGAAGUCAAGGAACUGACAGUGGAUAUAUCAAAAGAUGUUGGAUCAAAGCCAGGUCUUCUGGUUACGCUACACAUACUACCUAUUUUUGUAUACAUAGGUGAACCCCGGAUGCUGUUGUGA